AAUCCUCUCACACAGUCUGCUCUGCCAUCUUCUUGGUCUCGGUCCCUCGCAGCACAGACCAUGGACGUAAGCUCAGGCUUCACGACGGCCAACCCGCUCGACUCAAGUUCCGUGUGGGGCCCCACCGACGACUACGAGGAUGACAGCGGUGCGCUGUGCUCGGACAGCGCCCAGCGGCUGGGCCAGACCCUGCUGCCCGUGCUCUAUUCACUCGUGUUCAUCCUGGGCCUUGUGGGCAAUGGGUUGGCGUUUCUGGUACUGGUUCGACGGCAGCGUCGCGGCAAUGGCAGCGGCACAUGGGACACGACGCAAGUCUUCCUGCUCAACCUGGCUGCCGCUGACCUCUUGCUAGUCGCCACGCUGCCGCUCUGGGCACGCCACGCUGCCCGCGAGUGGCCGUUUGGUGAGUGGGCAUGCAAGUUGGCCACGGCACUCUACAGCGUCUCCUUCUACUGCGGUGUCUUCGUGCUCACGUGCCUCAGUGUGGACCGCUACCUUGUUGUGGUGCGCGCCACGCGGUGUCGUGGGGUGCGGUGGCGGCGCCGGCGCGCGUGGGUUGCCUGCGCUGGUGCGUGGUCUGCGGCUAUGCUGCUCAGCCUCCUGGAUGUGCUCUCCAGCCGUGUGCAGCUUCAAGCGGACACCCCCGACUCCGCACCGCGCACAGUUUGUCAGAGCCUCCACGCGGGACCCGGCGGGCAUGUUCGCAAGGCGGCGCUCGCCGUCUUUCAAACGGCGGCGUGUUUCCUCCUGCCGUUCGCCAUCAUGCUCGCCUGCUACAUCCGCAUUGCGGUCACUCUGGCACACACCAAGAGCCGCGGCUCAAGGCGCAAGGCAGUGCGUGUCAUCGUGGCCCUGGUGCUGCUUUUCUUCCUGUGCUGGCUGCCCUACAACGUGGUGCUGUUGGUCGUCGCGCUCGCUGAUCUGCGUGGAACGUGGCUCGGCUGUCGCACGCACGAGGCGCUGCUCUAUGCCAGGCAGACAACGGAGACGCUUGCCUUCACGCACUGCUGCCUCAACCCGCUGCUCUACGCCUUUGUGGGUGUCCGCUUUCGCGCAGAUUUGUAUCGCAUGCUGGGGGACGUGCGAUCGACGCUCUGCUCGUUGCUGACUGGCAGUGGGACAGCUCGCCAGGCUGCCGAGGAGGCCAGCACAGGAACCCAGUCGAUGCCCACAAACUCUGGGGACGCUCGCUCACAAGGACAUCCACAGCUGGAAAAUGCUGGUGUUCCCAUAGACACAUUACAAGACUUACCUUAUUGCCAUGCACACAGCCCUGGGUUGCACGUAGAAAGUAGCCACAUUUUUUCUGGUGUCUCCACUCACUCGUGGGUUUAUUUCUAAUUCUGGUGUUGUCCUAUAUGCCAAGUGCAAAGUUGAACAGAUCAUGCUGCCAAUUAUAUUAUCUUUGUAGAAUAGAUAUAAAUCGCGUGAUGUACGUGUGUAUAUGACACCCUCGUUGGCCAUCAAGCUGGAGUUUCACGUACAUCACAGCUCUUUCUAGAACCGGCAUGUCAGCACCAGGCAGUUGUGGUCUUACUGUUGCUGCCUCUGGUCCAUGCACUACCAACAACACCGAGAUGGAAUGAUUAACCACAAAUUAUAAUAAUAGAAUCUGCUGAAGUGCUUUGAAAGCAACGUCCAGAUUAUACGAGUGUUGCGUUAUGAUUCUAAACACAUUCAGCUGUCCUCCCCGCUGGGUAAAUGGCCGGACAAGGGAGGUUCCAUGCAUGAUCUUUGUGAGCAGCUCUAAUGGAAGGGCUUCCAUCCCUCUCAGUUUCAGUUUAUUUUGGUAUAGCCCUGUGAGCCAUUCGGCUCUUGAACCGGGUGCAACCACAACAAAAAAAACAA